UCGUAUAUACAAUAUGUGUGGUGACCGAAUUUAAGUAUCAGCUGUUAGCGGUUUUUUUUCACUUAUAGCAGUUUUAACGCACCAGUUGCUGUUUAAUCGCAAGAAUUUCAUCUACCCAGCGACUUUACAGUUCUGAUAAACAGCGUCUUCAAAUGUCAAUACACUCUUGAGUCAGUCAGUAGUAAUGGAAAGCAGUCUGGUAACUCUGUGUUGUGUUUCGUUUUACGCAUGGCGCUCUCGUAUUCUCAUGAAAACUCUGCCUAUUGGUAUCCCGAACCUGGCAGCCUUAAUUACACAGUUAUGAAACGGAAGAUAGAAGAGAAUGGAGAAAGUGAAGGACCACCUCCGAAAAUUCCUGGGAACUACUCGUUACCACUGCCUUAUGGAUGGCAGCCGCCGAGAGUGCAAGUUAAUAUGAGAGGUGGUGGUAUGAGAAUGGCGAGAGCUGGACCGUGGAGAGGCGGAGCGGUACCGAGAGGAAUGCCAGCAUAUAACCCACGAGGGUAUUUCAGAGGCAAUGGAAGAGGGGGUCGAGUAGCACCACCAAGAUACUAUGAGGUUCUGCAACAGCCAUAUCCGAGGGACUACCAGAAGCCCAGUUGGUUGCCUCACUACCAGCAGCAUGAGCCUCUGUCGCCGCAGCAGCCGCCGCCUCUUCCUCCGCCGCCGCUACCACCGCCUCCACAAGCCCAGCAACAUCAGGCGCAUCCUCCACAGCACCAACACCAACACCAACAUCAACACCAGCACCAUCACCCUCACCCUCAUCCUCAUGCCCUCUCUUCUUCGGGGACCGGUGAUACUUCACAGAUAGAUCCGAACCAGGUGGAGGAUCCAAAUGCAGGAAACAAUAUCGUCGUGGUUCGGAAGGCUGUGACUGCACCUGUCUCUGUUGUUGAGGAGACCUUCACCAAACCUAAGUCAAAUAAGCGACGACCAAUGUCGCAGAGCUAUCCAUCACGUCCUUGGAACAAGGAAGAUGCAGAAAGAGCUUUAGCAGUUGAAUCUUCACACAUGAAAGGUCUCCGAAAUCAGUCUCUGAUCAUUCGGUUCCCAGACCCAGAGCUUACAAAGGAUAUGGUCAAAGCAUUCCAUCCAGGAAUUGAGAAUGUCCAUUUCCAAGUUCCAAGUGGUCCAAGGUACUGCUUUGUUCAAUUAUCUGAAUCAACAAAUGCAGACAAAACCAUGAAGGAAUUAGAGAAGAUUAAAUUUGGAUCAGGAACUUUAAAAGUGGAGAAAAAGUUUUCGAAAGAUGAAGAGGAGCUGUCACCUGAGGCUAUUGAUCCUUAUACGUUAUAUAUUGGAAACCUACCUACAAAAGUUAAUAUAGCUAGUGUCAAGGAGAAAUUCCCAACAGCUUCAAGGAUAGACAUUGGCUUUGCACAGAGGAUGAAGUUCACGCGGUAUGCAUUUAUUAGGUACAACACAGUUGACGAGGCAAUAGAAGCCUACAAAAGCACACACAAUCUUGUUCUCGAUUCGAGAAGCAUCAUUGUCAGGUUUAGGAGACAACGAGGACCCGUAGGUCUACCAGGUGAAAGUCGGCCACCGAAACCUCCAAAGGCUCAAAAGGAAGCAGCAAAAACACAAAAGGGGAAGAAGGAGAAACCUGUUAAGCCUAAAGAAGAGGAGGAGGAAGUCGAGGAGGAAGAAGAAGACGAUGAUGAGGACGACGAUGACGAUGAUGAGGAUGAAGAUGAUGAUGACGACGAUGAUGAUGAAGAUGAGGAUGAUGAGGAAGAAGAUGAUGACGACGAUGAUGAAGAUGAGGAACCAGAUGAUCAGGAUGCAGCUGACGACGAUCCUGAUGAGGAAGAUGAAGAAGACGAUGAGGAGGAGGAGGAGGACGACGAGGAUGAAAGGAGAAUACUGAACAGAAUAUUCAACAAUUUUCCCUGAAAAUGGAGGGUUGCCAAGUACAUAAACAAGAUAACACAUGUGAUGUUAUGUUUUUUUGAAACUAAAAUGAAAACUUGCCUUAUAAAUUGAGAAUCUUGAUAAUCUUCAAGAUGGUGUCAAAAAUCUAAUGAACAAAAUUUUCUGCAUUCAUUGCUGAUGCGGAGCCAUCUACAUCGGCAAAGAAGAUAUAUUUUUCUAUGUUUAACUACUCUUUUCAGAGAAAGGAUCUGAAAACUGUGAUCAAUUCUAACAUUAAGAAUAAAACUUCUGCAACAUAUUUUCAAAUAUUUUGCUGAUAAAUGCAGGAAUUGUGAAGGCUGCAUAAUGAACAAGGCCACCAUACCAUGUGAAGCAGGAACUGCAAGAUGUGUCUAAAAUAUUCAGUGAAUGGACAGCUGUAUGAACAUGAAAGUUUGCCAAAGAUGGAUAGACAUGCCUAGAAGUGUUGCCAAAUGUCAACACACUAAGUUGAACCAGACUGAUCUGGUGACUGAAAAUUCAGAUCAUAUUGUGAUGGAACGUCCCAUAAAUGCCAAGUUUUGUCACAAAUUGUGAAAAAUAGCAACUGAGCUGUCAGAUUUAGAGGCAAGUGUACAGAACAGAAAAUCAUAAAAAGGAAAUGUUUCUACAAUUGAUUGACACGCAUUUAGGACACCAUGUUGAGAUUGGCUGCCAAUAGGCCUGACACACGACAUUGAGCGAAUUCGAUAGUCAUCUUAGUUCGAGGAAAUUUUUAAAACUAUAAUUCAACAAGAUUUAGGAAAGCAGAAUGUCUGUUCAUGUUUGGUGGAGUGCAAGUUGUUUGAUUACAGAAGGAAACUGCUAGAUAUUUCAUUGACACAUUUGACCAACAUCCAUAUUUUCUGCAAACAUCAUUUGUGAUGGUGUAGCAAAGGCAUCCACCGUGGUCACAUUGUGCCCGUUACUGCAUUACAGGUUGACAAAACAUGAAAAGGUGUGUGAGAUAAGUACUGGCAAUUUCCAGCCAAAACUAUGUUGUGGCCAGUAAAGAUUACUUUGAGAAUGAGUAAAGAUAUUUUGCUUAUACCUUAUAAUUUAUGAUUUUGUAAUACCAUUCACCAAACUUUUUAGACUCACAUUGCAAUUCAAGUUAACAACAAGCUGAGCAAGGGCAUGUUAUUUUUCUAAAACUUCCCAUUCAAGUGGAUCUGCCAGAUGUGAGAGAUCAUUCAUGGCAUAUAAUCUUAGUUCAUCAGGAUGAUGCAUAAUUUUAAGAGGUGGACACCAUGGUGAAUUUUCAAGGCAGCUAGCAUCAGGAGUAGUUAGGAUAGAACUGCAAAAGAUGGUGCUUAAAUACAAGACAAUAAACUGUUUACACAGUUGUAGAUAAUUUUAAAGAAUAAAAAUAGUUAGCAAAGUGCUUUGUGUAAAAAUAAAUAUACAUUUUUUUUUUCAUGCACGCUGGAUUCUUCCAGUUCUAUGUGUAAAAUGUUCUGUAUUAUGCAACAUUGGACCAAAAUUAAUAUAACGCUGAAGACAUAUUCCCAAAUGACACAAAAGUAAUCUGAUUUGUGGGAAUCUUCACGAAGUUAUCAAUUUCUUAGCUAUCAACAUGCAUUUCUUUUGGCUUAUCCGGAAAUUAGAAAGAUUUCAUGUAAUAAAUACAAUUUUUUAGGAUAAAAGAACAAUACUUGAAUGCCAUGUCAGUUUUUACAAUCACAUGAACUUGACAAAAAAGUGAAAUGAGCUGAUUGGUUUACUGCCAUGAACAUUUUAGAGAGAAAAAGGACAAAAUUAUUAUUUAAUAAUUACAUACUUUUCAAAAUACUGUGACAUUGUUUAUAGCAUCUUGCUGCCAAACUUGCCAAGUAUUAGGUAAAAAUGUCUAUGUUAUUGGGGGAAAAAUGAAUUUUCAUUGAUGCAAUGCCUCAGUGACCUCACUUAAGUGAGGCUGUACUCCACAUUCCCAGUAUGUUUUUUGUCCCUGUGUUUCACCUGUAUAAGAACUGUGACCACAGAUAUAUUAGUCAUCAAAAUUAACUCUGAUUCCAGCAUAAAAGGCUCUGACUUUUCCCAGUUGAAAUUAAAGCAUAUUGUCACCUGGAAAGUGGUAGCUGGAAAUAUCUUUGCAGACGGACAUGACAAAUUACAGUGAACAUCGUUAAGUUUGUUGAUAAUAAGAAGUAGAAAGGAACGAGUCAAUUCCCUUUCAAGGUUUUAAAAUUUUGCAAGAUAGUAGUGAGAGAGACAUGUAAAUAGGAGGGAAAUUGUUUAUAUACCACAAAGAAAAAGAAGCAAAAUACUUACAGUAAGUAUUCCAUUGGAAAUGGUGUGCUUGCAGGCAGUAGUUUUUGUGAUAUUGUGAACAACAUUAUCAGAUGCUAAAUUUUCUUGAAGAUCAUAACUUUUGUUAGACAGCAGUGAAACUCAGUUGUGUCAGAACAACUGACAAGAAAUAUCCUUUAUAUAGGAUUUGGUUUUUGUGGCUGCCAACAUUAACAAGUGAGGCAUUUGUGUCUAAAGGACAAGAUAUAUUGUGAAUGGGUAUGCUGGAUCAAAAUAUUGGGGAAAAAAAGAAGUGUAAUUAAGGAGGCUUGGUUUAUUCAGAUAAUAUGUGUAUUCUCAAAUUAUGUGCAGUGAAUAAAUGCUGGCAAAGUGACACCAUGUGAGACAUACUGGUAAACAAAAGUUCCAAGCAGUGUUUAUUGCUGCUAGACUUUUUAAGGUUCUGCUGCACACUACUGUAAUAAUAGAGGGACAUGUGCUGUUGAUAACUUCAUCCCCUUUUAGGGACAUAAAUAAGAUGCUGACACUGUUCUGGCCAUGACCACAGUUGACUUUAGUAGAUUUAUUCUAUGUUUGUGAUUAAAUUAUUUUGCUUGUGAGUUUCUGUGCCAGUUUGCACACUCGCUCUCAUAAUAGUGACUAGCUUCAUUCUUUUUUUCUCCCUGCAUUCUUUUUCCUUAUCAUCAUCAUCAUCAUCACCAUCCUUCAUCCCUUAUUUGGCACUGAUACACAUUUUAUUAUAUUCAUAGUGUGAAUUUCAUCAUAAAAUAAUUGUUUGAUUUCUUCUAUUGAGCUCUACUCUUGCACAAUGGUUGUUCAUCUUAUUUUUGCCCAGUGCUCAUGUUGGUGGUUCCAAAUUUCCUGUUCAGCUGACCAUAUUUAUUUUACUACAGUUGUUUUCUUCGUAUAGUACAAAUCAGAUAGAAUAUAUGCUAAAUUUGAUUUAGAAUAUAUUUAUUUAUUUUAGGAAAAUUACUUUUAUUAUGUAAUGUUUGAUUGAAUUAGCUUAGGAAAUUAAAUAUCAGUAAACACAGACAGCUGAUAACAAAUGGAAGUAAAUAUAGUGAUAAGUUUCUUUUAAUAGAUAUUCUCUGAUUUCCUAGAUUUGCCUGCUAACUGAAAUUGGUGAAAAUAUAAAUAAUGUUGUUCAGUUUUUGUUAUGACUUGGAAUUUUUUCCAGUUUUUCUUAACAUUUAGAUCAAAUGGUAUUUUUGGCCAUUUAACACACAGCAUAAAAUAUCCAAAUAGUUCAAGUAAUCAAGUAACAGCAGAAGUACUUGUAAUAGAUGUAUUUAAUGUGUUAGAUUUACAAAUUUCU